UUUCAUUCUAACAAUUUAUUAUUAGAACUUGAUUUUCAGUAUGCUCACAUUCAGCUUUGCAACCACAAUAGUUGCCUUUGUUGUAAGUGUUUAUGGGAAUGAUUGUAAAGAGUACAACCUCACCCCAUCAGACCAAUCUCUUAUUGACAUGAUGAAGCAUUACUUGCAUACUUCCAGAAAGGCGGAUACUGUUGCACAAUCAAACCAGGAUAUAGGUGUGACAUAUGUCAGAUGGGGGAAGAAAACGUGUCCUAAAGGUGCGGGCCUUGUGUAUACGGGUCAAGCUGGAGGUAACUUUUACACCAACAAAGGAGGAGGUUCCAACUACCUCUGUUUACCCAGCGAUCCAGAGAAUGGUAAAGUAACCAGCAAUGAUAAUGACGGACUAUAUGGUGCCGAGUAUGAUACAUGGUCCACCAAUAAACCGUCCGGUUUCCGUUCAAAAAUGUUACAAAAGGAGGCUCCGUGUGCUGUUUGCCGGAGGACAGGGAAAGUUUCUGUUUUAAUGAUACCAGGAAGGAAGACCUGUUACAAAGGAUGGAAAUCCGAGUACCAUGGUUUUUUGAUGAGUCAACAUAAGAGAUAUAACCAGAUGGACUUUAUUUGUAUGGACGCAGAAGCAGAACCAUUGGACAAUCAAUCAGCCAACAAUAAUGGUGCUUUGUUUUAUCCUAUCAAAGCGAAAUGUGGUAGCUUGAGAUGUCCCCCAUACAAGGAUAACACCGAAGUGCUUUGUGCAGUUUGUUCUAAAUAA